CUGAAGAGUGCGUGUGGUUGAAUAUUUGGAGUUUGAUUUGAUCCUAUAAACUACGAUGAAUACUUCAUACAAUAUACCUCAACCAAGGACUGAGGAUAAACACGAGAUGAUGCAAGGAUUCAUGCAGAACAGAGCACCAGAAACGCCCCGCAAUGAAAUUAAAAUGAACAUGAAUACGCCGGGCAUUGCUUCAGUCCAAUUCGGACCAAAAUCGCAAAGGUGCAUCUGUCACAAAUGUCACGCAGAUAUUUCGACGACCAUAAAAUGGAAGACCAGCAAGACAACACAUUCUGCGGCCAGAUGCCUGUGCAUGACCUGUUGCUUCCUGUGUGCCUGUUUACCGUACUUCAUGAAUAGAUUCAAGCGUCGCCUGCAUUAUUGUCCUAACUGCGACUCCUACCUGGGCUACUAUGAAUAAAUCACCACGAUUAACGUAUUUUUUUUAGACCAUAAGACUCAAAUUUAUGGAAUCGCUUUUACCUUGGAGCAAUCCAAGUUUAAGUCGAUUGUUCUAUGCAAGGCGCACCCUUCUUAUGGUCCGAAAAAUACGGCACUUUUAAUUGUGUAAAAUACG